UCUGCUUGCUGUUACAAAUAUCUCAUGGACUGUGGAAACCAGUGGAACUUCAAUGAAUAUUUGAGGCUCACAAACAAUGAGGUCCACGUGAACCCAAUCUGGUCAGAGGAGACACUGAAGACAAUGAGUGACUUUAUUAAACACUCCUCAAAAAGAGUCAACAUGAUACUGGCCUGUGAUGGUUACUGUGAGAUACGUGAAAGAUGUGUUCACUUCUUGUCAGACUGUCUGGGUUGGAUGUCCUCUAUAUGUUUUUCUAUAGGAUUUAAUGAGAAAUCAUUCAUAACCAUGAUGGAGUUGUGUCAAAAGUAUGAUGGAAUUACAGGAGGCUACAAUCUGUAUAAAUUUGUAGAACUCUUUGGACCCCUGCCAAAUAAAGUGGACUUCAAAGACACAUCUUGGAUUAGUCAGGUGGACUUCAGUUUUUUACAGAAGUAUCUUCAUAAGGAUGUAACACAAUGGCACACGUACAGUGAGAGUUUGUCAGCCCUGGAUCAGUUCAUUAUCAGAACCCUCUUCAACAUUUCAAGGCCCACGGCAGUCCUGGGGUGCCAUGCCGAGCUGCACACGUCUCCCACUGCCUGUCCCUUGGCAUCUGACAGUGACACUUCAGGUCAAGUCACUCUGGAGGAGCGCCCCUGCAGCCCUUAG